AUGAAUUACUCUGAAUGUGCGGUGUGUAACCUCUCUGUGGCUGCUGCUUACUUCAAUGACCCAGCGUUCGCGAAAAUUGUUUUGCCACAUUGGUAUAUGCAUGCUGCACCAAGCCCCGGAUAUUUCUACCUUUUUGGAGUAUUUGCAUCAAUCGUCGGUAUUUCUUCCAUUACCCUGAAUUCCUUCAUCAUACUUGCUUUCAGCUUAAACGGAUUUGCACGCAAAACACGCCAUUGGUUUACCAUCAAUCUGGCUGUUGCAGAUUUGGGCCUUACAAUAAGCUGUUGUUUCCCGAUGAAGGUCAUUUCAAUGUUUCAGAGGAAAUGGAUCUGGGGAAAAGUCGGAUGUGACUUUUACGGGUUUGCUGGUGGACUCUUCGGGUUCACAUCCAUAACAACUCUGGCAACCAUUGCCUACUUGCGCUACUGGACAAUCGCCCACGCUCAGCCAUGGUCUUAUGCGGUGACAAAUCGAAAUGCAACCUAUGCGUUAUUAUUAAUAUGGCUGUGGUCUACAUUAUGGACCAUUCUACCUUUCUUCGGUAUAGGACGGUACGUGAUGGAAGGAUUUCUCACAGGAUGCACAUUUGACUAUUUGUCCAACGAUCGCUCCAGCAUCAUAUUCAGCAGCUGUCUAUUCCUCGGAGGAUUUGUCUGUCCAUUUGCGCUUAUUUGUUUCUCUUACGCGCGGAAGAGCAAGCAAAGUUUAUAUCAACCGGAAAAAGUGAACAAGAAGAUAUGCGGUAGUCCCACAGGACGGUACGUGAUGGAAGGAUUUCUCACAGGAUGCACAUUUGACUAUUUGUCCAACGAUCGCUCCAGCAUCAUAUUCAGCAGCUGUCUAUUCCUCGGAGGAUUUGUCUGUCCAUUUGCGCUUAUUUGUUUCUCUUACGCGCGGAUAUUAUGGUUGAUCAGGAAGAGCAAGCAAAGUUUAUAUCAACCGGAAAAAGUGAACAAGAAGAUAUGCGGUAGUCCCACAGCCUAUAGAAAGGUGUCAUUCAGAACAGUCAAAACAACGUCAGUCCUCAUAUCCAUGUAUUUGGUUGCGUGGGGCCCGUACGCUGUUGUCACUCUAUUGUCCGUGUUUGGAUAUCACAACCACUUGACACCGAUAGGCACCGAAUUGCCUGGACUGUUUGCCAAGACGUCUGCUCUCUACAACCCAAUCGUCUACGUGAUCAGGAAUGGCAGUUCCCGAAAAAUGGUUGCAAAACGGCGCCAGCGAUCUCAACUCACGGCACUUAAACAAACAGUGAAUUUAUCAGUAAAUAGUUCAACUAGUCCCUCAAUUUGGCACAUACGUGGAUCGAAACGAAUCAAUCAGCAGUACUCGCUCUUAUACCAUAUGCGUGAAACACGUGCCUCAGUAACCAAUCAACUUGUUAUUUCGGUGUUCAGUGAAGGGAUCAACGCUAUCGGAUGUCAUACAUAUCAACCUCAAGAGGCCUUUAGGCCUACGCAGAAAUCGCCGGCUGAUUGCUUGCAUGAUGCAAAAGCAAGCGCCAAAAACAA